AUGGCGAUGGACAUGACCGAAAAAGAGAUCUUAAAAAUGCAAAUAGACCAGCUGAAAAAGGAAACAAAAACUGAAAGACAAUUGGUCUCCAAGACAGCAAAAGAAAUCAAGGAGUAUAUAGAGGCCAAUGCUGCAGAAGACCCACUCUUAAAGCCCAUCCCAGAAGACAAGAACCCAUUUAAGGAAAAGGGAGGCUGUAUAAUAAGCUGA